AUGGAGCCGCCUGCAGGGACUUUGAGCGCCGCGGUCCGGGAGCACCUGCGGCGGUUGUGUCUGCACGAGUUCCCGUGCGGCACGGGCAGCUGGAAUAAGUCGCGCUUUCUUCCUCAAACUUGCCAAGCAUGGCGGGAACUGAUCCCCAGAGAGGAGGAGGCUGUGAGCCCCGGAGAGGAGACGGUGGAGGCCCUACUGGGCCUGGUCUGCAGCCCCCACUCACCCUGGGCCCUGCUGGAGGGCUCAAGCUCAGAGGACCGUUUUCUGAGAGAGCUGGCCAUCCAGAAUCCCCUGAUGCUCAAAGACAGCUUCUUUUACACCUACUUCAGGUCGCUACGGGUGGUGGACAAGCAGGUGAGCCUGGUGGACAAAGACCUCCUGAAAUUUGUGAAGCUUGAAGAGUUGGUCCUGAGCGCUAAUCGAAUCAAGGAGAUUGACACCGCCAACCUGCCCCCAACUCUCAAGGUGCUGGAGCUCUACGGCAACAAGAUGACCAGUGUGGAGUGUCUGUGCACCCGCCCGCCCCCAGGGCUCCAGCACUUGGGGUUGGGUCACAACAAGCUUCUGGGCCCCCUGGAGAGUCUGUACGUCACCAGCGAUCACUGGCCCAACCUUGUCUCCCUGGACCUGAGCUUCAACGACCUGACGGACCUGCAGAGCAUGGUGGGUGGCCUGCAAACGUUGCAGCACCUGAGGCUGCUGGUGCUGCAGGGGAACCCACUGGCCCUGGUGCCCUACUACCGGGGCUUCACCAUCGACAGCCUGUCGGGGCUCUGCGUGCUGGACGACAUCACCGUGGUGUCCGGCGAGAAGCAUGUGUUCCGCGGGCUCAGCCACAGGGGGGAUCUCCUGGCCCACGAGGCGCAGUUAGUGGUGACUGUUGGAAAUGUCAGAGGGGUUCUGGACUCCUCGGUCUUGGACCCGGAACCAGGGCCCCAAGGCCCUUUCAUCACUUACAGCUAUUAUGUAACGUAUGAUUUUGUGGAAGAUGGCGAAGGCGAAGGAGAUGAAUACGGCAGCAUGCUGGCUGAGAUCAUCAAGCCCUCUCCCAGCAUGGAGCAGCUGGGCGAGGACAUUCCCGAAGAGGCCAUCGAAGAGGCUGAAGACUCCAUAGAGUCUGGGCUGGCCUCCCAGUCCCAGUCGGGGGAGCUGGAGGAGUCGGUGGUCUCUGGUGCCUCAGCGCCCUUGCCACGGUCCAUAGACUCUGCAGAAGAGCUGGCCAAGCUACGGCCGUGCCUGGAUCCCCGGCUGUGCCCGUCCCCAGGGACUGUCCUCUUCAGCACGGUCCGCAAGCCCUGGUCGGACGUCAUCCCCUGCAACUAUGAGAUGCAGCACACACUCAAGGACCUGGUGCCGCUCAAGGCCUUCCUGCUCUCGGGGACCACCGUCACCAUCGUGGAGGAGAAGAUUCUCUCCUGGCCUGCGGUGCCGCCUUCCCCUGACAGUCCUUUGGCUGCUAGGAAGGGAAAAGGCGAAAAGGACAAGAAAGGGAAGGAGAAAGACAAGAAAGAGAAAGAGAAAGACAAGAAGGGAAAAGACGGGAAAGACAAGGCCAGCAAAGGGGAAAAAGAAUCAGCCAAGGAGCAGAAGGGGAGCAAGAAGAAGAAGGAGCUUCCUAAGGAUCUGCGCCAGGACCCGCCCGUCCUGCGGGUGCUGGGCAGCGGCCCGGUGGUCCUGGCGCCCCUGCUUGCGGGGGAGCCAUUGGUGUCCACCGUGUGCAACUUUGGGGUGAUCCGUACCUUGGAGACUGACAGGCUGACGCUUUACAGGGAUUCAAAGAAGAAUAAGGGGAAGAAAGCUAAAAACGCUGCUGUGGAGGGCAGGAAGUCCAAGACCAAGUUACCAGCCGUAUCAGAAAUCAGCAAGCUGAUUCUCAAGUUCGUAUAG